UAUAAAUCGCGGGCAAGAGUUACGGUGCAUGAUAAUAUGGGUGGGAGAGUGUGGCGGGGCUGGCCCGCACUAGAGGCCCAGCAGUCACCGUGGAGGGUCACCCACUACAACCUCUCCCUCUCUCUCUCUCUCUCGUACCACAGUAACAGUAGGUGAACUUACGGCAAAUAUUUAGCCAAAUUUCGUGGUGUGGCCGCUAUACUGCCUCUUGGGCGACCCUCCCAGCACGCUGUUGCUAACCUGGUGGGGCCUGGACUGGUUGAUCUGUGGUGUGUGUCAAGAGGUGCCACAGUAACUGUGGACGGUGAUCUACAAGGGAAGAUGACGGGUCGUGUUGGCCGUGUCCUGCUCCUGGACGGUGUGGACCCCCUGUGUGGGAAGGUCCUCAGGCAGGCGGGGAUAGACGUCACUACACACACCAAGCUCACAAAGGAACAACUUCUCAAGGAAAUUUCGGAACAUGAUGGAGUUAUCGUGAGGUCAGCAACCAAGGUGACAGCUGAGGUGAUGGCUGCCAGCAAGAGACUCUGCAUUAUUGGCAGGGCUGGUACUGGUGUGGAUAACAUCGAUGUAGAGGCUGCCACCCGUCGAGGUAUCAUCGUCAUGAACACUCCUGGGGGAAACACCUUGUCUGCGGCAGAACACACCUGCACCAUGCUCUGUUCUCUGGCCCGGUUCGUGCCACAGGCAUGUGCUGCUCUCAAGGCUGGCAGCUGGGAUCGCAAAACUUACAUGGGCUCUGAACUCCAUGGCAAAACCCUCGCCAUACUCGGCCUUGGCAGGAUAGGCAGAGAGGUAGCCAAGCGCAUGCAGGCUUUUGGGAUGAUUACCAUUGGUUACGAUCCCAUAAUCCCAGCGGAGGUGACCGAUGAAUGGGGAAUAGAGUCAAUGAGUUUAGAAAAUCUGUGGCCACGGGCGGAUUAUAUCACAAUCCAUACGCCACUCCUGCCCAGCACCAAGAACCUCAUAGGCGAAGAUACCCUGGCCAGGUGCAAGCCUGGGGUGCGCAUUGUUAACGUGGCCCGUGGAGGCAUUGUGGAUGAGGCAGCACUGUUAAAGGCUCUGGAGGCUGGCACUUGCGGUGGUGCAGCCCUUGAUGUCUUCCAAGAGGAGCCACCAACUGACCUCAGUCUUUGCAGACAUCCAAAGGUGGUGUGCACCCCUCACCUAGGAGCAAAUACUGUGGAGGCACAACAGCGGGUGGCAGUGGAGAUAGCUCAACAGAUCGUGGAUAUGGUAGAAGGAAAGCCUCUGGUGGGUGUGGUGAAUGCUCCAGCCCUCACCAAUGCCACCAGCAACACUUGCAAGCCCUGGAUUGAAUUGGCCGAGUCCCUGGGCCGCCUCGCCAACCAUCUCUUACAGCCCGCUGACACUCCAGCCCUCGAUAUCUCCAUUGACCUCUUCGGGAGUGGGGUAAGCAAAAUGGAGCCAUUCCUUGGAUCUGCGGUGCUAGUGGGAGUACUGAGGGAUGUGACAAAGAAUGACAUCAACUUGGUGAAUGCUGCCCUGCUGGCCCAAGAGUCGGCAGUCUCCGUGACCAUCCAUGCCCACCCUUGCAAGCCUGUGCCUAUCACCACCACCUCCCAAGAAGCCCUAAUGGUCAAGGUGACGCGAGGUACCAGCACACACGUCCUCCUCGGUAGUGCAGCUGGUGGGCAGUCGACCCUGUUGGCAUUAGAUGGGUGUGAGUGGGAGUCUGGAUUGACACUGGGCCACAACAUGCUUUUUUUCAGCACCAUCCCGAGUGUUACCCCUCUGGCCACCAUUGCCACUCGGUUAUUAGACGUGCAAGUAGUGGUCACCUUACUGAUGUCAUCAGCACCUACUACCAAGGAGGUGUGGCAUGUGGCCAGAACCAACACAGCAGUUGACCUUGCCCAAACUAUUCCUGAAGUGCACCUCAGAGCACAGGUCACCUUCUGAGCUGGCCUUGCCCAAAAUGCUAAUUGUAAUUAGGAACAUUAUAAAGAUUAUAAAAGUUAAAUUCCACACCAUUUAUGUAACAUUAUUUUGUGUAAUGCUCUCUUAAGUAAACUAAGUUUGUUUUA